GGUUCAACAGUAUAAACAUUUAAUUCUAUUUUCUAUUAUUAAAUACUUUCGUUUUUAAAAAAUAAGUUUUAGUUUGUGAUAAAAUGUUCGAAGAGCAAAAUCACGAAGAAGCGAUUUUAAGAUUAAUGAGAAUUUUAAAGGACUUCUCACUUAAAAUUGAAAUAGCGAUGUGUCUUUCAGAAAUUUACAAAGAGGAGAAAUUUAUGAGAAUUCUAAAACCAAGUGAACAGCAGUUGUUUGAAAACAUUUACGACUCAUACACUUUUUUACAAAAACAUGGAGAACGAGAAAUUUUUCAAGAAGGAUGCAUCAGUGUUGAUUCAAAACUAACAUUAUUAUUGGAGGUUUUAUCUCAUUAUCCAAGAAUUGGCAAAUUAACAAAAAAAUUUCUAGAAAAUGCGCCAACUCGAAUAAAAAAUUUAAUUAAAUGCGUGAAUAUAUUUAAUGACAUUGUUGAGGAACGAAUAAGAACCACUCCAAGUGAGGAAAGAAAAUAUAAAUUAAAACUAAGAAAUGCAUCAGCAGUCCUUGAAAAAGCGAAAAUCGAACUUGAACCUUUAAAAAUAACCCUAGAUGAGCAAAGAAAUAAACAUUUAGAAUUUGUCAAAGGAAUUUCAGAAGAAAUUGACAAAUGUGAAAAACUUAUCGAACAGACACAAACUGAACACAAGAGAAGUAUAACAAAAAUUGUAAAUGAUUCAGAAUCAGUAAUGGUUAGCACAUAUCUAGAAAUGCGAGAAAAGCAGGAAACCAUAAAAAAUCAAAUUGAGAUUCACGAAGAGGAAUACAAGAAAUUAUUGGAUGAGUGCGCAAGCCGCGAGAAAAUUCUCCACGAAGCCCAUUUGAAAUCUCAGAAACAAUUAAUGUCUUCGCUCAUAAAUUAUGAUGCAAACAUUAAAGCACUUCAUUUGUCAAAAGUGGAAUUAUCUUCAAAUUUAAAUAAACUCAUAAUGGAAUUUAAGGAUUUGCAAGAUGCUUAUAAUGUACAAGCAACAUCUUAUGCAAUAUUGAAACAGGAAAAAGAGGAAGCCUUAAUGAAAGCAUUUGCCGAGAAAAUGGAAAAUUUCUCCAGUAACAGAGCAGCGAAAAUUAUACAAAGAACAUGGAGGGAGUAUCGUAUUAGAAUGGCAUCAAAAAGGAAAAAGAAAUUAAAAAAGAAUAAAACUCCACGACGAUAA